AUGCAUCCUUUAGGACUCUGUAACAACAAUGAUGAGGAGGACCUGUACGAGUAUGGCUGGGUCGGAGUGGUGAAGCUAGAGCAACCAGAACUGGACCCCAGCUGUCUCACCGUGUUGGGAAAGGCAAAGAGGGCAGUACAGAGAGGAGCCACCGCCGUCAUCUUCGACGUGUCGGAGAACCCGGACGCCAUUGACCAGCUCAACCAGGUUGCAGAGGACCCCCUGAAGCGGCCGGUGGUGUACGUGAAGGGAAACGAUGCUGUGAAGUUGAUGAACAUAGUGAACAAGCAGAAGAUGGCGCGGGCCAGGAUACAACACAGGCCGCCGAGGCAGCCUGCAGAGUACUUUGACAUGGGCAUCUUCCUCGCCUUCUUUGUGGUGGUGUCCCUGGUCUGCCUCAUCCUGCUCAUCAAGAUCAAACUCAAACAGAGGAGGAGCCAGAGCUCCAUGAACAGAAUGGCCAUCCAGGCGCUGGAGAAGAUGGAGACGCGCAAGUUCAAGGCCAAGGGCAAAGGUCAGCGCGAGAGCAGCUGUGGGACGUCCGACUCCCUCAGCAGCAGCUCCACCUCGGACUGUGCCAUCUGCCUGGAGAAGUACAUCGACGGGGAGGAGCUGCGGGUGAUCCCCUGUGCUCACAGGUUUCACAAGAAGUGUGUCGACCCCUGGCUACUCCAGCAUCAUACUUGUCCACAUUGCAGACACAAUAUCAUCGAACAAAAGAAGGGGAACCCAGGUCCAGUGUGCAUGGAGCCCAGCAACUCGGUUCACAGCCGACAGCAGAGGGUGGUGCUGCCGGUCCACUACCCAGGCAGGGUGCACCGUGCUGGACAAGUGACAGCUUUCCCAACCCGCACCAGCAUGGACCCCCAUGGCAACCCCAUCACUGUGCUGACUGUAGACCAGCACCCGGACCCUCAGGGUCUAUACUCUACCCAGUCAGCAUCAGCCUUCCUCCGUGGCUACCAUCCCAGCCUCCACCUGGACCACUCACUCAACCCCCACCACUGCGGGCUGGAACACCGCAUGCCCCCUGCCUAUUCGGCACAGCCACACCACGCCGCCUUCAAACGACCCAAGUUCCAUGGUCGCAGCUUCUCACGAGCGGCCUGCUUCUCGCAGUAUGAGACCAUGUACCAACACUACUAUUUUCAGGGGCUGACAUUCCCUCAGCAGCCUGAAGGGGCCCAGGGGCCAGCAGUGGCGGGGCAGCUGGGUGGAGGAGGGGGGCCUCAUAAGGGCCACCAUAGCAGAGCUUUCCAGCAGGGCUUGUUGUACCCCACAGUGGUGCACAUGGCACCGGCCUCUAGUUCUCGGAUGGCUGAUUCCGGGAGUGUAUCCGGCCUAGGGUGUUACCAUGGCCACCGGUCGGUGUGCAGCGGUUACCUCGCCGACUGCCCCGGGAGUGACAGCAGCAGCAGCAGCUCGGGCCAAUGCCACUGCUCCUCCAGUGACUCCAUGUUGGACUGUACCGAGGUCAGCAACCAAGGGGUGUACGGGAGCUGUUCCACCUUCCGCAGUUCGCUGAGCAGUGACUACGACCCAUACGUAUAUCGAAGCAAGAGCCCAUGCAGGGGCUCGGCCGGGGAGGCGGCGGCUGUGGCGGCUGCAGCAGCUUGCCCAGCGGUGUCAGCCGAGGACUUGCCAGCACCUGCUGCUCCACAGGGAUACGAAUUCCUCCAGCCCCUUUCUGGGGUUUUGGGGUACAGCUCCGGGGAUCACCUCUCCAGCUGCAGCUUGGAGCCCAACUUCAGCAGUCGCUCAUCACUGGAACCCAGGGAGAACAGCAACAACAGCACUACCUCAGCCGGGGCUCUGGAGGGCACUGGAGUAGAGAUGGAAGAAGAGGCCAAGGAGGAAUCGGGGGAGCUAGGAGCUGCGGCAUGUAGCUGCUGCUUUGAAGUGCUCCCGCCCAAUGUGGAGUGUAAAGGGCAGGACUCUGACCGAGCCGGGCGUCUGGCCUUGGGGCGAUGUCACCGGGGGGCGGAGUUUCAGAGCACUGCCUCAAAGAACUAUUUCUCCCCUGAGCACAUGUGCCCUUCCUCAGAUCAGGUGAGCUAUGAUGGCCUGCCUUGCUGUUUCUACAAAGAGAUGAAGGUCCACCGAGCCACGGGGGGGCACUUCGCCGAGGACUAUGCCGUUAAUGUGCAGUACGCGCACGCGGACUCGGACGCGUGCACUGGACAAGGCUGCUGUGAACUCAGCCAGAGAAUACCCAUAAUUCCCGAGGACACAGAUUGUGAGAUGGGCCUAGGAGCAGAGACCCAGAGCAGCCUGUUGCCUCCCAGUGUCACAGUGGAGAUGGAGGGGCGGACAGGAGAGAGACAGGAGAGCAGGGAAGGGUAUUUCUCUUUGGGACAGUUCAGGGGUCAGACGUACUCUCAAGAGGAAGAGACCAGGGCUCUGUUCCACCCACAUGGCGCCACUAGCCACCAUGCACCAGGAAGUAGUACUUAAAACACGAGGCGGAGUCUAGGUAUAACAGGUUGAGCCCAGGUAUCAGGGUUCUCAGCCAGAAACCUGUCUUUGUUACCGUGUCUGUCAGUCAAUCAGCGAAACCCUCAAGUUGCCUUGUUUCUAAUCUUACACGCUGAGCUCUGAAUGUUAUCAUCUUAGAUUGUGUGGAUUUCUACUGAAAAAGACGGCCCAAUGCUUCUGGGUAUACAGCAUAUCCCGUUCAUUCCCGCGGCCACAGGCGUCUCGGCCCCAGACUACAGUGUGUCA